CAAAGUCCGGCGAGGCUGGAGCGCGGCGCGCAGGGAGCGGGCGGCCGCCGCCGCCGCCGCCCCGGCUCAUGCCCCGCGGCGCAGCCCCGCGGCCCCGCAACGGGAGGAUGUGGCUCCUCGGCGUCGCUGCAACUUUCUGCGGAUUGCUGCUGGCGCCGGGCGGCGCGCUGCAAAUCCAGUGCUACCAGUGCGAGGAAUUCCAGCUCAACAACGACUGCUCCGCGCCCGAGUUCAUCGUCAACUGCACCGUGAAUGUCCAGGACAUGUGUCAGAAAGAAAUCAUGGAGAAAAGUUCAGGAAUCCUGUAUCGCAAAUCCUGCGCGUCUUCUGCAGCUUGUCUCAUAGCCUCCGCUGGAUACCAGUCUUUCUGUUCCCCGGGGAAAGUGGACUCCGUUUGUAUCAGUUGCUGUAACACACCACUCUGCAACGGCCCUCGACCAAAGAAGAGAGGAAAUUCCGGCACAGUGCCUAGGGCAGGCAUGAUAACUACUAUUUUGUUCCUUAAAUUGGCUCUUUUAUCAUUGUAUUGCUAAACUUUGAGGAUGCUUUAUUGUCCUGGCAUUGUUUGUUCUGUGUCUCCCUUUCUUCGAAGGAUGCUGCUCUUUUGCUUUUUGCUUCCAAAUCACUAAAGAGAAGUUUGGUCCAAGAGGGGUUUUUUUUGUUCGUUUUCUUGUUUGGUCAGCAACUAAUGAAUUCAAGUACCAGAUGGAAUCUCUUGUGCACUUUAAAAAAAACCCACAAAAACAAACAAACAAAAAUCCUAACAACAGCACGCACGACUCUUGCUUCAUUUGUGUAGUUGGAAACAAGUCUACCAGAAAUACUACUUAAAA